CAGAUACUGUUGUUGAGCUUGAUACAGUUGAGCGAAAGUAAUACCUUUAUUUAAGUGUUUUAGGCAAGUUAAUUCAUUUUUUAGCAUGCUUACCUUUGAUCGUCAAAAGAUAUUAGGGGUAGGAGGCUUUGGUACUGUUUAUCAAGGGGUUUGGGGUGAAACGAAAGUUGCCGUCAAACGAAUUUUGAUUAAGGACGCUGCAAGCAACGAACAAGAAGAGAAGGCCCUGAAAAUGUUACAUCACACCAACGUCAUCAAAUUAUUUCACGUGGAAGAGGACCAAGACUUCAAAAGUUUCGCCCUUGAAUUGUGUGAUGCCUCGUUAGAUAGACUGUUUCUCAAUGAAAAUGACCAGAGAAAAUAUCGCGGCCCAAUGCCACCAGAAACAGAAGUUCUUCUCCAGUUGGCUAAAGGACUCGAGUACAUUCAUCAAAGGGGAUUAGUCCAUCGUGACAUCAAGCCACAGAACGUGCUGAUCAGCUCGGAUUCUACAACCCGACGAGUGGUGAUGAAGUGGGCGGAUUUUGGUUUAAGUAAACAAGUCAACGAAAGGGGAACUUUUACAAUGAGUGGUGUUAGAGGAACAUACGAUUAUUUUGCACCGGAAAUAUUGAAAUUACUGGACGAGGACAGUUCUACUGGGAAAGAAGUUCAGAAAAGAGGGACCGUCAAGAGCGAUGUAUUCGCAGAAGGACUCGUCUUUGGCUAUUUCAUUUCAGGAGGGAUUCAUCCCUUUGGUUCCCCAAGUUAUGAAAUUGGAAAGAACGUACGAACAAACAAACCAGUCAAUCUUCCCAGUAAGUUGAGUCAAAGCCUAUUACAAAAAUUAUUCGGUGUAGAAACCGACAAUAUUCGUAAUACAAUCACAAGAAUGUUAGAAAAAGAACCAAAAAAUCGAAUUACUUCGUCUGAUGUCGUUAAUCGACUCUUAUCCCACCUUAUCCCAAAGAAUUCACAGCAGAUGUUCAUUUUAAUUGCAAAGGGGAACCCAAGCGUGGAGGAAAUAGGAAAACUGAUUCAAGAAGGUGUGGACCUUAACGUCGAAGAUGAAAAUGGAUUGACACCGCUAUUGCGCUUAGUAGAAAACGAAAAGAUAAGUGAAAAUAUCGUAGAAAUAGUUAGUCUGUUGAUCAAACACGGAGCCAACGUCAAUUCACUUGACAGCAACGGCGAAAAUGCUCUCUUUUUGUGGUGCAAAAAUCGUGAACAACAUCAAAACAAAAGUUUUUUGGCAAUCCUCAAUCUCUUCGUUGCAAAUGGGAUUGAUAUCAAUUGCAAAAAUAUGUACGGACAUAACGCUCUCACCUUACUUUGCAAACAUUAUGAAAACGAAAAUUUGAUUGAAAUAAUUCGACUUUUCAUUCAAAAGGGAAUCGAAAGUGGAUUCAAAGUGACUAAAGAAACGCGUGACUACAUCAAGAGAAAUUAUGAAGAAAAAAACCGCAAAGAAAUCUUGCAAUUACUUCGUGUUAAACAACAUCCAGAUUAA